AUGGCUCCCCAAUUCGAGCCCAUGAAGAAUGACCUCAUUCUGCGCACAGCAAGAGGCAAAAAAGUCGAGCGCCCGCCGAUAUGGGUGAUGCGACAAGCCGGCCGCUACCUCCCCGAGUACCACGAAGCAAAGGGCAAGAAUGACUUCUUCGAGUGCUGCCGAAGCCCCGAGAUCGCCUCGACCCUCACUCUCCAGCCCAUCGAGCGCUACGCCGGCCUCAUCGACGCCGCCAUCAUCUUCUCCGACAUCCUCGUAAUCCCGCAGGCAAUGGGCAUGGAAGUCAUAAUGGUGGAUAAAAAGGGCCCGCAUUUCCCCGACCCGCUCCAAACGCCGGAGGAUAAGCAGUACAAGGAGGUUCUCGAGAGGAAGGUGGAUGUAGCGGAGUCGCUCGAUUAUGUCUACAAGGCGAUCACUAUGACCAGACAGAAACUGGCAGGCAGGGUGCCGUUGAUUGGCUUCUGUGGUGCGCCGUGGACGCUGCUGUGCUACAUGGUUGAGGGAGGUGGCAGCAAGAUGUUCAUUCAGACCAAGACGUGGAUCUACAAGUACCCCGAGGAGAGCAAAGCGCUGCUGCAGAAGAUUGCUGAACUUUGCGUCGAGUACCUGGCUCUCCAAGUCCAGGCCGGAGCACAGAUGAUCCAAGUCUUCGAUUCCUGGGCGGGUGAGCUGUCGCCGUCAUGCUUCAAGACCUUUGCGCUUCCCUACCUGAACUACAUCGCCGACAACCUGCCCGCGCGUCUGCAAUCAAAGGGCCUCGAGCCUGUUCCCAUGACCGUCUUUGCGAAGGGAGCGUGGUAUGCGCUGGAGGAUCUCUGCAACACCAAAUACAACACUAUUGGUCUCGACUGGCUACAUGCGCCCGCGGAGGCAUACAAGGUUGCGCAAGCAAAGGGCAAGGUUCUGCAGGGUAAUGCGGACCCGGGCGUUUUGUACGGCAGCAGGGAGUCCAUCACAAAGGUUGUGGAGGAGAUGGUCGCUGGAUUCGGUGGUGGCAAGCAGGGAUGGAUUGCGAACCUUGGUCAUGGUAUCACUCCUUUCGUCAAGCCAGACGACCUCAAGUUCUACUUCGAGGAGAUUCACAGAUUAACCAAGGCUUAA